AUAAUUGAUUAAGACUAGGGCUCGCGAAUACCCCCCCGCCCAGACGCGAGCCCUCUUUCGUUUCGCCGCCUGCUGCCGCUGCCCGCCCGCUGCUCGCCGUGCGUCGUCGACGGAUACGCUUCCUACUCCUUCAUCUUCCUCCACCGCCUCCGCUUCUUCUUCCUCUUCCUCAUCUUCUUCCUUCGCUGCCCCUUCCCCUUCUCCUUCCUCUUCGAGUCACCGGAGACAAUUUCUGGUAAACAACUGUCUCAACGUAUUUCUGAUUAUGAGAAGAAGCAAGAAUUGUUCUCUGUUUUCACUGUUGAGAACAAGUCUCAAAGAGCUGGUUUAUGAGAACACAGCCAAACGAGGCCUGUGGCUCUCCGCCUCAAGUCUUGUACAUGAAGAUCUCCAUCUCCACCCUCGAAUCCUUUCAAAUUUCUGCAUAAAUACUCGAUCUUUCAGCAUUCCUGUAAAGCGAUUUGAUCGUGCUAGCAAUUGCCGAGGCCUUGGUCAUCAUGACUUUCCAGAAGUUAGAGUAUCGAAUCGAUUUCUCUGCUCAUCAGAGGCCGGUAGUGGAGAAUUACCCAGGUGCUGGAACUGUGGUGGAGCUGCAGUAUCGCCUGGACCAUUCUUGGCUUGUGGAUUGUGUGGAAGCGUGCAGCCUGUGGACCAAUCAAUUGACUUCUUCCAGAUAUUUGGGCUGGAAAGAAAAUAUGAAAUAAAGGAUGGUAAUCUAGAAGGGAAGUAUAAAGAUUGGCAAAAGAAAUUGCAUCCUGACCUAGUGCAUUCAAAAUCUGAGAAGGAAAAGAUGUUUGCGGCUGAACAGUCUGCUCGAGUAAUUGAUGCAUAUCGGACUCUAAGCAAACCCCUACUGAGGGCAAUAUACCUGUUGAAACUGGAGGGUGUACAUGUUGAUGAAGAGAAGACAAUCACAGAUCCAGAUCUGCUUGCUGAGAUGAUGGACAUCCGAGAAGCUGUCGAAGAGGCAAAUGAUUCUCAUUCACUGAAUCAGAUACAGACUCAGGUAGAAGAAAAAUUUGAGAAAUGCUCAAGAUCAUUUGAGCAAGCAUUCAAAAUUCAUGACUUUGACAAUGCUAUAGCUGCAAUCGAACGAAUGAGAUAUCAUGACCGUGCCCUUGAAGAGAUCACAAAGAAACUUUGAUCCGGCUUACUGAUGACACACAAAAUGAGUUCUCUUGAAAUCUUGAUCAGCAGCUACCAAUCGAGGUGAAUGCCAAUGCCGGCGUAGCUGGCACCUCAAUUAGCAUAUUUGCAUCUUUUUGGGGCAUUUUUCAGAUGGUUAUAAUCAAUAAGUUCAUCUGAAUGAACUAAUUUUGAUAUAUUGCCGUUUUAGAAUUUAUUUCUAUCUGUAACAAUUUUUUUUGUAAGGUUAUUUUUUUUGUUAUACGAGUAAUAGAAAAUAAUAAUUUAUAUGUGUAGAGUUACUACAUUUAUAUC